AUGAUCCAAGUAAUAACAUUUGAAUCAACUGAUCUCUAAGAUCUAACAACAGGAUCAGGAAGAUGGAGUGUAAUAUUCACAAUUGACCAUCUACUACAAGGUGCAACUAAGAGCAUUAUCGCCUUAUGAGGUAUCAGACAUACAUUUUAUAACCUUAUAGUAGAAUUAAAAGUAAUACUUAUUUAUGAAAUGGUGGGUUGGAUAAAUUAAUCAGAAAAACAGUAAUUGUCUCUGCGAAUUUUUAUACUCUCACAUAUUUAGACUAUAUCAAAUUCAAUAUUAUUUUGGAAGCUGA